AGGUUUGUGAUAAGACUGCGGUUCGGUAGUGGUGCGGUACGCUCGUGGUGUUCUCUUUUAACAGCUUUUUCAAUGCAAUUUUGGUGCACCAGUCUGUUGAAAAGAACCCCCAGGCGCUACACAUUUAUCAUUCUUUCCUAAUCCUCCAUCGUCGAAUUGAAGCCAGCGUUCCAUGCGGUGGUGUGAUUUGUUCAAGUGAAAUAUUUGUUUGUUAAAAGCUUUAGAAUUGCCGCCGCACCAGAACAACAAACUGCCCGAUCCUGCCAAGCCAACCCGGUAACCUUGAGAGCACACCACGAUCGCUCCUUGAAGGAUUAGUUUUCAGAAAGUCCAGCUUCUCUAGGAGGUAGCUUAUUCUGGCUUCGACUGCGCGUUCCGGUAACCGAAGUUUCGUUGAUUUGUGGUGAACCAAACGUAACCGGAAAGACAGCCAACGACCUACCUUGAAUCAGGAUGCCGGCGAACAACCAGUCGUCCAACACAGCCGGGACAGGGGAUGUUAAGCCCAUGGGGCGCGUUUUGCACUCCACGCGUUAUCGGAUGGCGAUGGAAAAGCAGGGCUUGACGAGCGUAGUCGAAGAUCAAAAUGCCGGGGGUGGCUUGCUCCCUGGCAUUAAGCGCAAAGCAGAUGUCAGUCCCCUCAAGCAUGAGCAGGGCACGAAACGUUUUGCCCUCGGCAACCUGACGAAUGCCGAGGCCAGCGCUGGAAACAUUGUUGCCACUGCACAACCGACAGCCGUUUCCAGUGGGUUUCUGAAGAACAAAACCAUCAACAAGCUGCCAAAGCCUCUGAGUCAGAUGGUACAGCAGCUUACGAUUCGGAACCGGAACUGCGAUGGUAAAAAAUCGUCAAAUAAGCAAGUGGCACAGUCUCACAUGUACACCAAGCCGGACAUCAAUGGUCCGGAGAUUAAGGGUCCAACGAAAAUUUUGACAAGGGCCGCCAUGCGCCAACAGCAAGCUCAGAAAGCGACCACAAAUGGUAGUACAAAAGAAAAUGCGCAGCCAUUGGAAAAACUUUCAACGGUUGGCGAAAGCCACAGUAAGACUGUCGCAGAACCACAGAAGCAACCAGUACAGCAACAACCACCGAAAACACGUGCAUUGGAAGUCAAACGGACGAACGUUGAGGUUGGCCCUUCCAUGACUAAGAACGAGCCAAAGAAAAAACAUUCGGGAGCAUUAUCGCCACCACCGGUACCGGCACCGACUGUUGGGGUGAACAAAGUGAAAACCCGCUUAUCGAAUGACUUCGAAAGCGACAAUUCCUUGUACGUAACAGCGCUGGACAUAUCCAACGAAGAUGCAGUGACUCGGAUUCCGGAAGCUGCAUCUAACGUGCUCGGAGCCCGGGUACCUGUCACCAAGGUGCAAGCGAAUGGAGGAACCAAAAAGGCGGUCCCGACCGUACUGCCCACGGUAGGUCCAUCUGUGACGCGCAAGUCAUCGGAUGCAUUGAACGACACCGACGACAACUCAGCGCAGAGACCAGUGGCUGAAGUGCGGAACGCAGAAAGUGUAAAGGAUGUAAAACCGAUCGUUGUUGCUGAUGAGGAGCCAAAGUUGAAAGUUUACGAAUGUUCGCCCCGCAAACGGACCCCGGAGGGUGUUGAAGAUUUCGAUCUGGCUAACUGGAAUGACAUCUACCAGGUGUCGCACUAUGCGCAGGACAUAUUUGAAUAUUUGCGUGAACGUGAGAGAGUGUACGUCGUGCCUGACUAUAUAGAACGGCAGCCGUUCGUCACCAAGUGGAUGCGAGCCGUUUUGGUCGAUUGGAUGGUGGAGAUACAGGAAUCGUUUGAGUUGAAUCACGAAACGCUCUACUUGGCCGUGAAGAUUGUGGAUAUCUACCUCUCGCUUGUAGUGAUCCAGCGCGAGCUGUUGCAACUGGUGGCCGCUGCGGCUUUGCUGAUUGCAGCCAAAUAUGAUGAACGCGUUCCACCGACGGUGGACGAUUUCAUUUACAUCUGUGACGGUGCGUACGAGCGUCCCGAGCUGAUCAAAAUGGAGCGCACCGUUUUCCAUGCCAUCGGAUAUGAUAUCGGCAUUCCGCUGUCCUACCGUUUUCUGCGGCGUUAUGCCCGGGUCAAUCGCAUUCCCAUGCCCAUCCUGACACUGGCCCGUUACAUCCUGGAGACAAGCUUGAUGGAGUACGCGACUAUCCAAAUGCUCGACUCGAAACUGGCGUGCGCCGCUUUGUUUAUAGCACUGCGCAUGAGUAACAAGCCGGGUUGGAAUGAAACGCUCGAAUAUUACUCUGGUUACAAAGUGGCAGACUUCAAGGAGGUAACGAUAACGCUAAAUUCCUGCAUGAUGCACCCCAAAUCGACGCUCAACACCGUACGCCAAAAGUACUCACACGAGCUGUUUUUUGGUGUCGCCAAACGCCCCGUCAUCACGAGUCUCGCCAAACUGUUUGAAGGAGCGCUCGAGGAGGACGCAGUUUUCAAGCUGCCUACUGCCAUUUCUACGAGCGGUGGUGGGGAGGAUCGAGAGACGAUCAAGAGAGGGAGCGACUGAAGGUUGAGCCUACUUAAGCACAUGCCCGACGAAAGCGUAAUACAUCGUAUUUUGGAUAUUGUGUUCCAUUCGGUUUCGAACGCUUCCCGGAAAGUUCAGGGGGUUUUCAGUUGCCAUUUCCUAUAAACGACAAUCUGCAAACGAGCAGCUCCCAAUGUUUUUUUUUAUUUAAGUAUAUUCCUUUAAGUGACAUUCAGUGUUCAACCGGCUCUUUUUAGGAAGGCGUUUUUUUAUUACGCACACACGAGGGCGCAUAUGCAGCACAGUACAAAACGAUGCUACAACAGAGAACUGCGCUGAACAGAGCGAGCGAGCGGAUAAAUGUAGGCCGAUUAAUGAUUUUACCACAUGCUGCAUUUCAAAGUAAUAAAAACGUAUUUAAAUUUGUGGACGGUCGCCCACUAAUAACCGUCGAGAUGCUACGUAACAGUUUCCGAAGGCUAGGUGCACGUUUUAUCACCAUCCUUAAAUAUUCG